GCUUAACUGUUACCGACUGUGCAUUAUAACGGAGUGUCUGAAUGAGCACGGAUCUGUGGCAGCAGACAGGAGAACUUUAAUCUUUAUUAAGUGGAUAAUAAAUUACAUAACGGACUGAUCAUCAUGGAAACAUGUUUAGCUGCUAACAAUGCAGCAUUAGCAAGUUCACCGACCAACAUUUUCUUGCAUCUUAUACAAACAAUUCUACUGGCAUACUCCAACUUGAGUAGCGAUAAUAACUAUCCGCCAGAUCGUUCAGAAGAGAUUUUGAAUUUUACCAAUAAGUUCGACUUUGUAAUUGUAGGCGCUGGAAGCGCUGGAUCUGUGCUGGCUAAUCGUUUGACUGAAGUUAAAAAAUGGAAAGUGUUGCUAAUCGAAGCUGGUAAGAAUCCUUCGAGCCUCAGCGAGCUUUCUGUUUUCCCACUGCAGAUGAAUUCAGAAGAGGAUUAUUCCUAUGACACUGAACCCGAAAAUCUCGCUUGCCAUGGUUUCAAGAAUAAGUUAUGCAAAUGGGGAAAAGGUAAAGGUCUUGGUGGAAGUUCCACGAUAAAUGCUAUGCUUUAUGUUCAUGGCAACGAUGAGGAUUACAACGAAUGGUCAAGAAUGGGCAACGAAGGUUGGAGUUACGAGGAUGUCUUACCGUACUUUAGAAAAUCUUUAACUUGUGGUGCGAUAAGUAAUGAUAAAUGGAGAAACAAAUAUUGCGGUCAUGGAGGACCGUUAAACAUUAGGCAUUACAAUUACACACACAAGGAAAUACAAGAAAUGUUUCUGGAUGCUGUUCGUGAAGCAAACAUACCCGUUCUAGAUGCCAUUAAUGGUGAUAAAUACAUUGGUUACGGUCUAGCUCAAGGAACUUUUGAUAAAGGUCGCAGAGUAAGCACCGCAAAAGCUUUUUUAUCACCGAUCAAGGACAGGAGGAAUCUCUAUGUGAUGAAGUCUUCUCGAGCUGACACUAUUCUCUUGGAUGGAACUCGAGCAGUUGGAGUACGCGUGACUUUACAAGAUGGAAGAUCAAUUGAUGUGAAAGCCUCGAAAGAAGUGAUUUUAUCAGCGGGAAGUAUAGCCAGUCCUCAAAUCUUGAUGCUUUCCGGCAUUGGACCUAAGCAGCAUCUACACGAGUUCGAAAUACCUAGUGUUGUUGAUUUACCAGUUGGUAAAAAUCUUCAAGAUCACGCCGCCUGGUUCGGCAUACACUUAGCUUAUAAGAAUCAUAGCGCAACACCACCACUAUUUACAGAUAUUCUAGAUGCAGCUUAUGAAUAUUUAAUACACAAUAAAGGACCAUUACCAAACAGUGCUACUUUUGAUCUCAUGGGUUUUGUUAAUGUGCACAAUUCGAGUUCCAAGUAUCCUAAUAUACAGUUUAUUCACUCCCACGUACAGCAGUGGCAUAUACAUAAAGGUCAAACUAGUUUGCAAGCGUUUAAUAUAAAUAAUGACAUAAUAAAUAAAAUAACAAAAACAAUGAUGGAAACAGACUUACUUAUUAUUCUGCCGAUUCUGCUGAAACCGAAAAGCAGGGGCGAAUUACAUCUACGUAGCACAAAUCCAGCGGAUUCUGUUAAGAUCUAUGCCAACUAUUAUUCCAAGCAGGAAGAUCUGGAAACUAUGUUGAAGUCCAUAGAUUUUGUGAAAAAAAUAUUGAACACCGAGACAAUGAAACGACACGAAGUAAAAUUACUUCAUUUGGACAUUGAGGAUUGUCGUAAUAUCAAACUUGAUUCUGAGGAAUACUGGAGGUGUCAUAUGCGACAUAUGUCGUCUACACUUUUUCAUCCAGUUGGAACAUGCAAAAUGGGUCCUUUGGGCGAUCCCACGGCCGUUGUCGAUCCUCGAUUGAAAGUUCACGGAAUAAAAAACCUGAGAGUCAUUGAUGGGUCUAUAAUGCCAACAAUUACCAGUGGAAAUACGAAUGCGCCCAUAAUAAUGCUAGCAGAAAAAGGUGCGGAUUUAAUCAAAGAAGAUUGGACGGAAAGCAAAAUCGAAUUGUAAAACAAACAACUGUCGUGAUUUUAUUACUAAUAAGUGGCGCUUGUAGAAAGCAUCAUCAAUCAUUGGUCUUAAAAUCCAAUGUUUUCAACAAAUCUAUGAUAUAUUUGUAGAGUUUUAAAUACCAUUAAUGUUAUGAUAAUGAUAUGAUAAUAAGAAUAAAAAAUAAAUGUAUUUUCUUAUA